CUCGGAGCUCGGCUCGCACGGAACACAACCCUCCCUGAGUUCCCCCCCUGUCUCUCUCCCUGAUGCGCCGCCCCCGAUGCGGCGGCUCCGACGACCCACCACUUAGCCCGCGGCGGCGGCGAUGAAGCGGCCGCUGCGGCGCCCGUUCGCGCUGCUGCUCUUCGUCGUGCUCUGCGGUGCGGCUUCGUUUCCUUCCGUGUUGCGCAGGGCGGCGGCCCCGGCCCCCGUGCUCGCGCCGCCGCUUGAUCCCGCGCGCCUCAACGCCACGCUCCUUCGCCUCGCCGCGGCCGAUCCGUCGGAGGCGCCGCUGCGGCGCGACGUGGACGAUCUCCUCGAGGGCCGGCUCCCGGCCUCCUCCUCGCGCGCGCGCGCGUGGCGGCUACGAGGCGACAGGCUUCACCUCCGCCACCACCAGUUCCCCGUCUACCGGCGCGGCCACCACCCGGAUCACGACCACGACCCCCUCCUCCACCCGCUCCCGCGCCAGGAGCUCCUCCUCGACCCAUCCCUCCGCCGCGCGCUCCGCUCCUGGCACCGCCUCCGCCGCCACGACCCCGGCGUCCUCCGCAAUCUCCCUUCCCUCCUCUCCCUCCCCGGCCGUAUCCCCUCCUGCGCCGUCGUCGGCAACAGUGGCAUCCUCCUCCGCGCCAGCCACGGUGCCCUCAUCGACUCCCACGCCGCCGUUUUCCGCCUCAACAACGCCCGCAUCUCCGGCUUCGCCGCGAAUGUCGGCGCCAAGACCAACCUCUCCUUCAUCAACAGCAACGUCCUCCACCUCUGCGCGCGCCGUCCCAACUGCUUCUGCCACCCCUACGGCGACGGCGUCCCCAUCCUGCUCUACAUCUGCCAGGCCGCGCACUUCCUCGACGUCGCCUCCUGCAACGCCUCCUCCCGCUCCCUCCACGCCGCUUCCAUCUCGGUUACCGAUCCCCGCCUGGACGUCCUCUGUGCCCGCAUCGUCAAGUACUAUUCGCUCCGCCGCUUCGUCCGCGAGACGGGGCGCGCGGCCGAGCAGUGGAGCUGCACCCGCGAUGCCGCCAUGUUCCAUUACUCGUCCGGGAUGCAGGCCAUCAUGGUCGCCGUGGGAGUGUGCGACAGGGUGAGCGUGUUCGGGUUCGGGAAGGCGGCCGACGCGAAGCACCAUUACCACAGCAACCAGAAGGCGGAGCUGGACCUCCACGACUACGAGGCGGAGUACGCCUUCUACCGCGACCUCGCCGAGAAGCCUCAGGUAGUCCCCUUCCUCAAGGACGCCGGCAUCGUCGUCCCGCCCGUCGUGUUCUACCAUUAGAGCGCGUGCUCGCAAUGUGCUCGACGUUAUGCCACUUCUUUUCAGUGGGGGUUGUGCUGAGUGGCUCACUGUAAAAUGCGCUCCAUACAGUCCAUACGGUGGAUUUCUUUAAUGUGAUUAGAUUGAUAGGCGAAUUGAAAUAGUGAGUUUUGAUAUGACGGUGGGAUUGGUGGUGUACUACGAAUUAGGAUCCCUCCAUUGGCAUACGUGGAUGAUUUCUUCAGCUUUUGGCUCAUUCAUCACGGUAGUUUGUUGGGAUUGUAACUGUAAUUUAGACUGAUCUUUCUUCUUAAUUUAUGAAGAAUCAAUUGUACAUCUUAUAUACAGCCUUGCUACAACUAUGCUCAGGACGACAGCAUGUAUCCCAAAUGGCAAAUACAAACCUCAGCUUUGCAUUGUAUCAUUUGUGCUCGUGACAUCACUUUUGCUCCUUCCAAACUCCAAUUGGA